GUUUUUUUUUUGCUCGGGCAAUUCAGUUGGUAUUAUUUGACACGCCUUGUCGAGUGCUAUCACGAUUUUUACUCAAUUUCUGUGUGUUUCAUCGUGAAUUUGUGCUUUCAAUUAGUGAAAUUACGUUUAAUAAUUCUUUAUUUACUUACAAAACAUAUAAUUUACCAACCAACACCCAGAUCAUCGGAUAAAAACCAGCCAGCAUGGCGACUAUGACGGACACGUACGGUACAACCGGCACGCUGACGCUCAAGUGGGACCCUCGCAACCUGGAGAUCAGGACCAUGUCCGUGGAGCGCACGCUGGAGCCGCUGGUGCUGCAGGUCACCACGCUCGUCAACAACAAGGAUCGAGACGCGAAGAAGAAGCGCCCUGGUAAGUCGAAGCGUGCCAGUGCUCUCGUGGCGACCGUGGAGCGAGCGACGGAGAUCUUUAUCGAACGAGGUCAAACCAUCGCUUAUGAGAACCCUGAGAUCACGCAGCAGAUGCUGGCCGCCGUGGAGGAGGUCAGGAAGGCUGGCGCGGCGAUGUCGGUGGCGGCGCGCGAGUUCUCGGAGGAGCCGUGCGCGUCGCUGGCGCGCGGCGGCAUGGUGCGCGCGGCGCGGGCGCUGCUGUGCGCCGUGACGCGCCUGCUCAUCCUCGCCGACAUGGUGGACGUGCACCUGCUGCUCGGCAAGCUCAACACGGUUGAGAGUGACCUCGACAAGCUGAAGUCGGCGUCCUCGCAGUCGGAGGUGAUGGAGCUGGCGAGGCAGUUCGGAGUCUCCGCCAACGAACUCUCCGCAGCCGCGGGCAAGAGACAGAAGGAACUCAAGGAGCCCCGCAUGAAGGACGAGCUGGCGGCGGCCCGCGCUGUACUCAAGAAGCACUCCACCAUGCUGCUCACCGCCUCCAAGGUGUAUGUACGCCACCCGGAGCUGGCGGCGGCGAAGGCCAACCGCGACUAUGUACUGCGUGCCGUGUGCACCGCAGUCGACGCCAUCGCCGGCGUCGCCCGGGGACGCGCCGCGCCCAACAACGGCACCAACAGGCCCGUGGAAGGUCCUGGAGAACUGGCCCAAGCUCUGGACGACUUCGAUGAGCGCAUGGUGAUGGAGCCCCUCGCGUACUCGGAGCUGAGGACGCGGCCCUCGCUGGAGGAGCGCCUCGAGUCCAUCAUCUCCGGCGCCGCGCUCAUGGCCGACAGCUCCUGCACCAGGGACGAGCGGCGCGAGCGCAUCGUGGCGGAGUGCAACGCGGUGCGACAGGCGCUGCAGGACCUGCUGCACGAGUACAUGAGCAAUGCCGGCAAACCCGAGCAAUCGGCGGGACUGGAGCGCGCCAUCGAGAACAUGUGCCGCAAGACCAGGGACCUGAGGAGGCAGCUGCGCAAGGCUGUGGUGGACCACGUGUCUGACAGUUUCUUGGAGACGAACGUGCCGCUCCUGGUGCUCAUGGAGGCAGCCCGCAACGGCAACGAGAAGGAGGUCGAGGAGUAUGCGGCAGUGUUUACAGAACACGCGAACAAGCUUGUCGAGGUGGCGAACCUGGUGUGCUCCAUGUCGAACAACGAGGAUGGAGUGAAGAUGGUGCGUCACGCCGCAGAACAGAUUGAGGCGCUGUGUCCGCAGGUGAUCAACGCGGCGCGCGUGGUGGCGGCGCGGCCGCGCUCGCGCGUGGCGCAGGAGAACCUCGCGGCGUUCGGCCGCGCCUGGGAGGCCGCCGUGCGCCUGCUCACCGACGCCGUCGACGACAUCACCACCAUCGACGACUUCCUCGCCGUCAGCGAGAACCACAUCCUGGAGGACGUGAACAAGUGCGUGGUGGCGCUGCAGGAGGGCGACGCGGACUCGCUGGAGAGGACCGCCGGCGCCAUACGGGGACGCGCCAAGAGGGUCUGCUCGGUGGUGACCCAGGAGAUGGACAAUUACGAGCCGUGCAUCUACACGAAGCGAGUGCUGGAGGCGGUCACUGUGCUGCGCGAUCAGGUGAUGUCGAAGUUCGCGGUGCGCGUCGACGCGGCGGUGUCGGCGCUCGGCGGCGGCGCGGGCGCGGGGCUGGAUGAGAACGACUUCAUCGACGCCUCGCGGCUCGUGUACGAUGCUGUGAGGGAGAUCCGACGCGCUGUGCUCAUGAACAGGGACGAGGAGGAGCUGGACCCCGAAGAUGUGGAGCUGGACGAGCACUACACGCUGGAGACCAGAAGCAAAUCGAGCGCUCACACGGGUGAGCAUGGAGUGGACGAGUACCCGGAUAUCAGUGGUAUUACCAACGCUCGGGAAGCGAUGCGCAAGAUGACCGAAGAGGACAAACGCAAGAUUCUCCAGCAAGUGGAACUGUUCCGUCGCGAGAAAAUGACGUUCGACAACGAGGUGGCGAAGUGGGAUGACGCUGGCAACGAUAUCAUCAUGCUCGCCAAACACAUGUGCAUGAUCAUGUUGGAGAUGACUGACUUUACGCGUGGCAGGGGACCGCUGAAGACGACCAUGGAUGUCAUCAACGCCGCAAAGAAGAUCUCCGAGGCGGGCACCAAGCUCGACAAACUGACCAGAGAGAUUGCAGAACAGUGCCCAGAAUCGUCGACCAAGCAGGACCUCCUCGCAUACCUGCAGCGCAUCGCCCUCUACUGCCACCAGAUCCAGAUCACGAGCAAAGUGAAGGCGGACGUGCAGAACAUAUCCGGCGAGCUCAUUGUAAGCGGGCUCGACAGCGCCACAUCCCUCAUCCAAGCCGCAAAGAACUUGAUGAACGCUGUCGUCCUCACUGUGAAGGCUUCGUACGUCGCGUCCACUAAGUACACCAGGCAGGGAACUAUCGCUUCCCCGAUAGUGGUGUGGCGUAUGAAGGCGCCGGAGAAGAAGCCGCUCAUCAGACCGGAGAAGCCGGAGGAGGUCCGCGCGAAGGUCCGCCGCGGCAGUCAGAAGAAGCAGCCGAGCCCCAUACACGCGCUCGCAGAGUUCCAGAGUCCCGCUGAGAGCGUUUAGAGAUGGCGCUGCGAGUGACGUUAAAGCUCUAUUUAUUCUCUGUAAACGUUAGUAUUAUUAUAUAGAGGUUUAGAAACGUAGGAUUAUUAAAUUUCGGGAUAAAACAUCCCCCCAUAAGACUUAUAGGCGUUUGAAAAAAAAAUAUUAAUUAGAAAAAAAACUUUUUUACAUGAAUUGGCUUGAAUUUUUCGUGUAUUUUUAAUGAAUGUAAUGUUUUUUCGUAUUAUAAGAUAUAAAAAAAAAAUUUUUUUGGAAAAAAAUUGUUUUGAAAUUGGUAAUAACUUAUUAUUAUAUUAUUAUAUUUUUUAAUCGAAUUAUCUUAUAAUAUUUCAAGUAAAAACAUGCUUAUAACUCUACAUAACUUGCAUAUUAACUGAUAUUUUCUUUUUUUUAAAUUUUAAUAUUAUGCCUUAUAUUCGCCAAUUUCAAGAUCUUGUAUAAUGGCAUAUAACAUUAUGAAUUAAUUUUUUUGUAGUUUAGUAUAUAGCUCUUAACGUAUUGAUUCUGUCAGAUCAUUAUAAAAAACCAAUUAACGUAGUAUUAAGGAUCUUGUAUGACAAUUUGUAAGUUAACAACGAUGAAAAAAAAAUUCUCGGUUAAAGAAUAUUGGGUAAGUUGUGAUCGACAUAAUGCGAAGUUUAGGCAAUAUAAAAAUAAAGGCAAAAAAAAUUUUGUCACUUGAAAAAAAGAAUGACAUUUGUGAUUAUUUUGAGUGAAGAAAAAGCUUUAUCUAGAGCUUUUUUGUAUUUUUUUUUUCAUCAAGCAAUAUAGUUUUAUUACGUUUGGUAAACGAAAUGGCUCUUAAAUCAUUUUCGUUGUCUCCAUCGCUAUGGUAAACAAUAAAAAAAAAUACUAUGUCCUAGAAUCAGUUAUUUAACGAUAACCUCAAGUUCUUUGUCCGAGAUCAUAAUGUUAAGAGUAUUAUUAUUAUGUGUAUUUUUUUAACUUUUCCAUUUUAUAACCGACUCCAAUAAAAAAAAGAUCACAAAUAGCUGAACUAAUUAAAACUACAAAUCGUCUAUAUAUUUUUGUCUUCUCCUAAUUUUUUUCUUUGAAAAAAAACUGGUCUUUGAUAUCUCUUAAUUUGUUUUAAAUAACGAACAAAAACGUAUAGGUAGUUUGAAGUUUGAUUUUUUUUCAACUAUUUUUGUAGACUACACCCGCUGAAGGUAAUUCGAAGCAAGCUAUAUUUCACAUGCACUAAUAUACUAAGUCAUUUUGACACUGCGUUAGCAUAUUUAAACACAUACUUGUCUUCACCUUUGCUGACAUUGUGCCAAAAAUCAUCCAUUAAUAACGAAUAUUUUCACAAAAAAUUCCAGUUUUACUUUUCUGUAUUUUUUGAACAUUUUAUAGUUUAAUGCGAAUAUGGUGCGUGUGUGAGUGUAUUUCUGACUGAAAGUAUGAUGUUGUCGCUGCGACGAACUCUCUUAGAGUAGUAGUUGUGAAAUUGGAACGCGUUGAAUUAAAAUUACUUUAGAUAUUUUGUCCGAAACUUACACUUUUUAAUUCACAUCUACGGCUCAAGUAGCUUAUUGUAAAGUGUUAUUUCCAAGUAGAUAAGUAUGUGGUUUCAUUUAAUAACGCAAUGUCAAAAUGACCCUGUAUAUUAGCCACGCGGUGAACAAUACUAAUAUUGUACUCUCUUACAACAUAAAAUGUAAAAAAAUAUUAAACUAUUUUUUUUUAUUAAUUAAGAUAUAUAAUUGGCAGCUCAAUUAGUUGUCCAAAUAAAAAUUGUGAUUUUUCUAUGAUUUACAAAAAUACCCAAAGUAUAGAAAAAAAAAGAAAUUUCUCUGUUGGUGUAAUGUCAAUUUUGAAAAAAGCAAAAAAAAUUUUGUUUAAAGGUUGUUUAAGAAUGUAGAUUGAUUUGAUUUAUAAGUGACUUCUCUUUUUUUUAUUAAUUGAAUGAAAAAAUACCUCGGAAAAAUUUGAUCACAGGAAUUAUGAAAAAAAAAUUGUUUUUAUUGGAUCUAAAAAUUGUAAUGAAUUUGGGUGUUUUUGUAAAUUUAUAUAUUAUGAUGCGCGAAAGUCGAAAUUAUCCCACAAGGGGCGACGAUAGGCCCCAUUAAAACAUUGCUUUAAAAUAAAUUUAUUUUAUACUUUUAGAUUUAGUAUUUUAAUUUAGGUGCCCUGAUUCAGACUUAUACUGUGCUAGUUACAUGGUUUCAUUUAGUAACGCGAUGUCAAAAUGACCCUGUAUACAUGAACACUACCACACUCUUCACAGUUGAUACUAGCACUAAUUAUUGCAUAUAAAACGACUGAAUUAGGGCACGCUAUUUUAGUAUUAUUUAAUGUAUUUUUGACGUUUGCAUCUACAUUGGAAAUCAUAUUUAACAUCCAAGUGAAAAAGUCAAAUCAUCUCACUCUAGAACAGUGUUUCCCAACCUUUUUUAGGCCAUGCCCCACCUUAACAUUACUAAUAUUUUUAAGCCCCCCAUACAUAAUUUUUAACCUUUAAAAAUCGUUUUGAACCCUUCAGAAAUACAAAUGAUAAGUUUUAGGAAGAAAUCACUAUAAAACUGUUAUCAAAACAUCGUAAUGAAAAAUUCAAACCAUAUAAUGAAAAAUUGAAAAUUCUGUUUAAAUUGCCUUCCUUAACUAUCAAAUUGUCCCCCUGUGGGUGUGGGCCCCACGUUGGGAAAUACUGCUCUAGACGCUGGUGGUAGGUCUUUCAUAUGUGAGAGUCCGCCUGGGUAGGUACCACCGCAAUGACUAUUUCUGUCAAGCAGUGUGUAGUCACUGUUGUAGGUUUGAAGAACAUUGUAGCCAGUGUAACUACUGGAUAUAAUAAUUAACAUCUCACGUCUCAGACGAGCGCAGUGGAAUACCAAACACUUUGUAAUUCAAUGUGUUGGUGUUUCUACUGUUUAUGGAUCGUAUCGCUUAUCAGGCGAACGGCAUGAUCGUCUCCUCAUUCAAAGCAACAAAAAAUAUAUAUUUCGUUUAGGAUCGUAUAUUAACUACAGUUUUUAAAAUAUUUAAUUGCCCCAAAUGCACUAGUUGCGGUAGAAAAUUUGAUAUAAAGUUAAUAUAUACUCGUGUAUUAGUGCGAACGUCAAACUAAAAUAUUCAAUGCAUUGUGAUUAUUUAUUCAAAGGAAUUAGAUGUUUUACAAGUUUGUAUCGCCAGAUUCAAUAGAGCUUGCAAAUUAGGAAACCUUCAUUCCGUUCUAAAUAAUUAUAGUUCAGCUACAUUAAACCUGCACGCUUCUAAAGUCCUGAGCACAAAAUUCUCAAUAAAAAUGAACUUCUCUGAAAUUAUUUGAUCUACAAAGUGAUUUUGUAGUCGUUUUGGAACCAAAAUGUGGUUACUAAGAACAGUUUGUAGGACCACAACAAAAGUUAAUUAAUUGUAUUAUUUUUUUUUUUUUUUAAAUUAUUCAUAACAAAUAACUACAUACAGAGAUUACUUUAUGACAAAGAAAUAAAUGCAUCUUUAAAACUUUCAUGUAUAUUUUUGUGGCUUACUGUACUACGGAAACUCGUUUGAAAGUAAAAAGUUUGCAAGCUCUAUAGAAAAAUAUUUGUGUAAGUUUUAAUUUUUCUACAGUAUACGUACACUUAUUACAAUAAAGUAUGAUUACUAUUGAA